CGUCAAGGAACACCAAACGCAAGGUGGGCCCGUUGCGGUGGCAGCUUUCCUUGCGACAGUCUCCAGCCCGAUAGAUGCAUGGCCCAAUAUCAUUUGACCGACAGCAUACGGCUUGGUUUGUGUUUGGGCAUGUGUCGUUUUUUCCCGCUGGCUGCUCACGUCUCCAUCUUCUGUUUGAGCAGAUCAAGAUAUGUGCGCCUACGAAUGCGUGGCUGUGGGGACCGGACUCAAAUGCCUGGGCAAUUCCGAGCUCAGUCCCGAUGGCGAUGUACUCUUCGACAGCCACGCCGAAGUCGUCUGUCGUCGUCAUUUUCUCACCUAUUUGUACAACGAAAUGAAUCUAUGUCUUGAUUCUUCAUCAUCGGUCCUGCGGCAAAGCACUCCAGGAAGGUUCAAGCUGGCGCCGGGAGUCGAGUUUCAUCUCUACGUUUCACAGGCUCCCUGCGGCGAUGCCUCAAUGACCUGUCUCGAUAGGUCUCAGAGCGACGAUACUCGGAAAGCCAACGAAGAGAAAAAAAGGCGGUUUAUCAGUCGGCGCGACGAGGAGAUAUCGGAUGAAUCUCCGGCAAACAAGCGACCCAAAACCGAGAUGCACGGAGCAGACGAUUCUGUGUCGCUUGCAGGUCCCCCGACUCAGUCCCCGUCAGCACCAGCGACUCAGAGCAUGGAUCAAUCUGACAGUGUGGCCGAUGUGUCCCCCGAGUGCGCCGAGCCACUGGUAGUUUCGUCGGCCAACAUGGUCGCCUCGGGUGUACUUCGUGGACGGGACAGCUAUAACCUGUUGGGAGUCCUGCGUACCAAGCCAGGUCGCAUUGAUGCGGACUCGACCAAUUCUUUGAGCUGCAGCGACAAGAUUGCCAAAUGGAUGGUCGUCGGGCUCGGCGGUGCUUUAGUCGCCUCCCUUAUGGAUCCAAUUUAUCUGUCGACAAUAACGAUCGGGGCCUUCUACAACCAUGCCGACGCAUAUCGGGCUUUCAUCGACCGACUCGAAGGCAUCGUCGAUCUGCCGCCGUUGUACCGGGUUCAGGUUCCAGAAAUCUUUCACUCGAAGGUCCCCUUCCCUUUCAGCCGUGUAGCAGUCACCAAGAACGAAAAUACCCGACCGAUUAGCGCCGAUGCCUCGAUUGGUUGGUCAUCUCCAUCAGAUGAUUCUGAGGUGACAGUUUGCGGCCGCAAGCAGGGCUUCUCUGCGAAAAAGGCCAAGAAUAACGAGCGAGCCAGACCAUCGAUAUCAAAGCUGUCGCUUUUCAAGCUCCAUCAAGAAGUUCUUUCGAGGGUCAAUCCGAGUGCGGCGUCCAGUACAAGCUCGCAGACCUAUCGCCAAGCCAAGCAAGCAAACUCCGAGUACCAGCUGGCUAAGAGCCGCUUGUAUGUUGGCCGGUUUGCUGGCUGGCUCAUCUGCGACCCGAUGUACGAAGCGUUCAAGGUGGAGGGAUCCGCCAACACCGAGUGAUCGUAUCAUAUUUCCGGUACCGCUUUCUGUAUCCGCCGUGACGGCCGCGAGAUGAUAUAGCCGCCGGCAUCAUGUCGAUUGUUGAGGACACAGACAUCCGAAUCAGCGCAGCUACAGUCAAUCCAAUAAAAAACGAGACACCUUGGCUAUUGACCAAUGACCGAA